GCUCUCAACGGCUUCGUCAUGGUAGUCACAGCCAGCGGGACCAUCUUCUACUCCUCUCACACCAUCCAGGACUACCUGGGCUUCCACCAGACGGAUGUCAUGCACCAGAGCGUGUAUGAACUGGUCCAUACUGAAGACCAGCAGGAGCUCAGGAGGAACCUGCACUGGGCUCUGAAUCCUCCUGCUGCUGCUGCGCCCGCCAUCACCCAGGACUCCCCCCAAGAGAUGGAACCCGACAGCAGCUCAUCCGUGGUCACCUACAAACCCGAGCAGCUUCCUCCAGAGAACUCAUCCUUCCUGGAGAGGAGCUUCGUUUGUCGCUUCCGCUGCCUCCUGGACAACUCAUCGGGCUUCCUGGCGUUGAACAUCCAGGGCAGACUGAAGUUCCUGCAUGGACAGAACCAGCGGCAGGAAAAUGGAGGAAAGGCCCCACCUCAGCUCGCUCUCUUUGCCAUUGCGACUCCUCUGCAGCCUCCGUCCAUCCUGGAGAUCAGAACCAAGAACAUGAUUUUCAGGACCAAACACAAACUGGACUUCACCCCGUUGGCCUGCGAUGCAAAGGGGAAGAUAGUGCUCGGGUACACCGAGGCAGAACUCAGGGUACGAGGAUCUGGAUAUCAGUUCAUCCAUGCUGCAGAUAUGUUGUACUGCGCAGAGAACCACGUCAGAAUGAUGAAGACCGGAGAGAGUGGUCUCACCGUGUUCCGGCUUCUCACCAAGGAGAAUCGCUGGAAAUGGGUCCAGGCCAACGCCAGGCUGGUGUACAAGAACGGCAAACCGGACUACAUCAUCGCCACCCAGAGGCCUCUUUUGGACGAAGAGGGGGGAGAACACUUGCGUAAACGCUCCAUGCACCUACCCUUCACCUACGCUACGGGUGAGGCUCUGCUCUACCAGUCCAACCAUCCCAUAGCAGGCUUCAGAGAUGGAAGCCAUGAGAAAAAUGGCAGUAAGUCGAAGAAGAGUCGGACUGAAAGGUUGGUCAGGGACGGUCUCGACCCUGGCUCUCUUCUUGGGGCACUCAUGAGUCAGGAUGAAUCAGUGUAUGUUUGCCAGCCCGCCCUGGAGCCCAAAAUGUCAUUUAGCAGCUUCUUUGGUGACCAAAUGGGCUUCUCUGACACAGAAGGAUCCAGCUUGCACAGGAGCUGGGACGAGCCGAGCAAUGGUGUGUUGGGUCCAGGUAUUGCAGGAGCCAGCACCAGCUUCGACCCGCUGUUGGCUACUCUGGACUCGCUUUCGUUGGAAGGCCAGGGGGUUGUGGAUUCAGAGGAGGGGGCUUGUUCGAAUGGCGAGCUGUUUGGGGCUCUGGAAGGCCUGGGACUGAGUGCUGAGGACCUUGAGCUGCUCUUGUUGGAUGAGAGGAUGAUCAGAGUUGAGAUGGACCCUGAGCGAGUGCCCACCUUGGACGAUCUGCUCACAAACGAUGAGAUCCUCUCAUACAUCUAUGACACAAUUGAGGGAAAGACUGAUUCCACGGAUCAUGGAGUACAGGUGCCUCCCAGUACUUCUUCGGCAACAGCCACCACCGUUUCAGGAUCUGAAAGUAACCCCACCCCUGAUGCUAAUGUUCAAAUGCAGUUUCCUCACCAUAAGCCUCCCUUGAUAGGGCAGGCUCCCAUCAUCCAGCUGUCCCAGCAGAUGCAACAGCACCUCAACAUGCGACCAGGUAAAGUGGCACACGACUGGCACCAGAGUGACCUUUUGGCUAGUUCGGUAGUCAACGGAGACCUGCUGGGCCAAAAUCAAUCAGUAACCAACGGACAGUGGACGGCCCAAGGCAUUCUCACCAGUGCAGGGAUACAAAUAGAUCACUACAACACGCAACAGACUUUUUUCAAUGGCAAAGCCUCGGAGCGGGACGGCAACCCUCAUCAGCACCAGCAACAUCCACACUUCCUUCAGCAACAACAGCAGCAGCAGCUCCCACCCAUGAUGCAGAACCACCUCUCACAACAGUGCCAUGCCAAACAGAAGGCAACCAACCUCAACGGACUGUGUGGUUUGUCCAGCACAGAGAAUUCGGCAGGGAAAUCCCAGUGGCAGGACUUUGGAUUCAGCGAGAAUCUUGGCAGCCAGUCCUGCCUCGAUAACAGCCAAAAACCUCUGACAAACACCUCACUAGAUUCUUGCAUGGAUUAUAGCAUGCCUGAUAUUGACAAUAUGGAGUACUCUCUAAGUGGAAGUGGUAUGUUUGGGAGGAGCGCACAGCAGCAUGUGGCCGAGUCCACGGUGUCAUCCUUCCAGGGGAUGAACCAUAAACGGCAGCAGGAGCAGAUCCCGGUUCCGUUGGCCCAGGUCAUCUCCAGCCUGUCGCAGUGCCCUCCACCCAACGCCUCCCUGGAGCAGAUCCUGGGAGUGAGCAAGCCCUGUCGGCAGUUGGACCACUUUGGUGUGGUGACCUCUGAGAUUCCUCACGAGCCAAGCCCCAAUAAGAUGGAGAACGGCUGCAUCCUGAACAGUACGUACCCAGGAGGAUGUGCUCUGCCCAACAUGAACGGAGCAGCGCCCCCUGCUGUGCAGAUGCCCGUCCCCGACACUCUGUCCAGCCUCCCCGACCCUCCAGCCACCGGUUUCUACCUCUGA